CUGUGAUAAACCUCAUUAACCUAAUCACUGAGAGGCGGCGGAACUUGUGAGGCAAACAUGGAUAAAGAGAAUACAGCGAGGCUGUUUGAGCUGAGUUUUGAGGACUACCUGAUCCAGAAGGACUGUUCAGGUCUGGCCCUGAGGAUGCAGGAGGAGGGGCUAGAUCACGUACUGGUGAUCCGACUGGACAAGAUGGUAACCAAGGAGCUGGCUGAGGAGGGGUUCAUGAGCGCCACACUGCUGCUCAAGGCUUUAGGGCGCAUCUCGGAGAAGAAGGAAGACCUGCAUCAUCUGUUGGAGCACGGACUCGGACCGAAGGUGUUGUUCUGGUUUGAAACCGUCGGCGGACUCCUGGGUUCUGAGGGCUACCGAAACACCGGCCCUCUGCAGAACCUUGCCGAUGAGUUCUAUGACUACUUCCUGCUCCUCGGACAGCCUUCCCUUCACGUGUCAGCUUUCCUGCUCUCUACAAUACUCGCCCAGUUAGCCAGGCUGGUUUUGAAUCCGGUAAUCGCCUUCUCUCCCCGUUUAGAGGCUAUUAGGACAUACAACACUCUUCUAGAGUCUCUCAACAGAGAGGAAAGGAAACGGCUGCAAGUUGAUAUAAAUCAGCACAGAAUACUCGGUGAGCUUGCAGCUUCAAUUCUGACAGUGGGAGACUAUGAGUUCCAGGUCAGCAUCUCGGAGGCACUAUGCCGCAUGACCCCCGCAAAGGACAGAGAGCAGAGGGCGAAGGACUGGUUCUACGACCAGGAUAUCAUCGAUGCCUUCUGCCGGAUCCGAGACAAAGACUUUGAAGUGGACUGUCGAUUAUUCCUCAAUUAUAUCAACUGUUGCCAAGGAAACCAGAGGAGGGUUUAUACAUUUCCUUGUCGCCGAGCCUUCCUUGGAAAUACUGAGCUGUUUAGUCCAAAGGAUGACAAGCUUGACCGGUUCUGGAUCGACUUCAACCUGGGCUCAGAAUGCAUCAGCUUUUUCAUUGACGAUCAGCAGGGCUUUCUCUGGGUCUCAGUCCACCUCCCAAAGCAUGGGGUUGAAAGCUACACCCUCUACUCUCAACAAAACGAGCUCGACGAGGAGGAGACGGUGGUCCGCCUGGAGCUGAGCCGGCCGGUGGUCCACCUGAACAGCGGGGAGAUGCGGGUCCGGCUCUCCUUCAGCCCCCAGCACCACUCGCUCGUGCUGGAGGCCUUGGGCAAAGUGUUCGGCCCGCCACCGUCCCAGGAAACGCCGGGCUUUCUUCAAAUGAAGGACGGAGAAGAGGAGGUCUUGACCCCCAGUCGAGGUGGCAGGACCUACUACAAGAAGAAACCGAAGAGCAAGAGCAAACUGAAGAUUCUCCCGCUUUCGUCCGCCAGCAGUGAAGACGGGUCUACUCCAUCAAGGCCUCUCUCUGCAAGCACUCCAAGCAAAGCAGAGAUUCUGUUCGACCAGAUUAUAAAAAUGCUUCCAAAAGACAAGACGCAGCCCUUACAGACCUUGAAUGACUCGGGUCUGACUGAAGGCUCUCGACCAGAGCUCAGUGCCGAGGGACCGGACCUGGACCCGGAGGGGACUGAGGACCGUGGCCUGGACCUACUGUGGAUUGAGGACCCUGGGCAGACCGAGGACAUCGACUUGGACCAAGAGUGGACUGAAGACCUUGGGCAGACCGCGGACAGUGGCGUGGGCCUAGAGAAGUCUGAGGACCGUGACCCGGAGCCAGGGCGGACUCGGGAGCCAGGGCGGACUCGGGAGCCAGGGCGGACUCGGGAGCCAGGGCGGACUGCGGACAGUGGCGUGGGCCUGGAGCAGUCUGAGGACCGUGACCCGGAGCCAGGGCGAACUCGGGGGGAGCCUGGGCGGACCCGGGAGCCAGGGCGGACUGCGGACUCUGACUUGGACCCGGCGAGGACUACGAGGGGCUUGGACCCGGGGCGGACUACGAGCGGCCUGGACCCGAGGCAGACUGCGGACCCGGGGCGGACUGUGGUCCGUGACCUGGACCCGGGGCGGACUGUGGACUGUGGAGACUGUGGCGUUUCUGUGAACCAGAACGUUCUCAACACUCCCAGGAAGAGGACGUCAUCCAGAACCGAACCACCAAUAGGGGCGUCUUGUCCCAAGAAGAAGGCGUGGUCUAUUCCUGUGGGGGAGGAGCCAGGCCCAUCACUCAAAGACGUUCCGGUCGAGGCCGGUUCAGACCAGCAGGCCAGCAUCGUGCCGGACUUCAGCAACCUUGCCAGACAGCUGCAGGACAGCAUGGCUGCCGCUACACAACGAUGCUGCCAGCGGGUUGAAGGUCAGGUGGUGGAGUCUUUCACAGAGGGCCAACAAAAUGUUUCUUCUCUGCUGAUGGCUGUACAGCAACACAGGCUGCGCCUGCUCCAGAGGUUUGAGAGGAGGGUGGUGGACGAAAUGAGGCAACUGCAGGAAAGCUUUCAAAGCCUUUCAAACAUGGAGACCGAGUUACUGAGCUUCGUAAGAACCGAAAUGCAGUCUUUGGCUUCGUUCUGCGACCGACAGCAGAGUGGGCUGGCGUCCCUGGAUUAUAAAAACCAAGACGAAGAGGACGAAGAGGACGGCGUGGAGAGGAAGAAUGGAGGAGAGGGCACAGACACUGAAGAGGCCUAGAGUUCAGCACAGACCUCCAACUAGUUAUCAAAUAGUUUGAUUGGUUCUCCACAAUGAUAAAAUAGUUCUCCAUCGUCACGUUGACUGAAUUCUCCACCUUCAUCAUUUCGAAAAAAAACAAAUGAUUUGUUUUCUCUGCUUAUAAAUGUGUUUACAGUUUGGAAUCUGUCUCCUAUGUGAGUUGCCUCUAAAGUAACAGAAGUGACUCCAACCCUGUGGUUCGUUCCACUGCAAAUUUUGUGGAAAUAAAUAAUUCCUCAUGGACUGUAACACAGCCUCUGCAACACUACAUGGCAGUGUUUCACGGGCUGAAGAUGAUGGACCACAAUGCCGCGUUUCCACUGCAGGGUGCUGUACGGUUCGGUUCGCCUCAGUCCGGGAGGGAGGGGGCGGUAUAACCCAGCUCAGUUCCGCGGUCGCGUUUCCAUCGCCGACAGUACCCUAUAUGGUAGGUCGGAUGUCGAUCGCCGCGGUAGCUACGUAAACAACGUCUUCCUCCCCAAGAAUGCAGAGGAACGUCUCCACCUUGGCCCAAGCAAGCAUUUUACGCGACGUGUUCAUUGUAAAGAAUAAUACCUCGAGGCUACUGUUUGUUUGUUCUUAUCCCCACGUCGCCCGGAAGUGACGGUUCUGUCUACCAAUCAACGGAGGGGGUGGGUAGCUCGAAUUUUCCGGUACCCUUUCAUGGGUCUAGUCUCGUUUUCAGUACCCCAACGGAGGGCAUGAAAACGAGGGCAAAACCAGUACGGCUCAGUCCGGGUCACGCCCUCUUUUGGCGGUGGAAACGCAAUCCGUACCGCACCCUGCAGUGAAAACGCGGCGUAAGACAACCAACGCUGCAGUGAAUUUCAUAAAUUGUGACAAGAUAUUUUUGGGUGUAUGAACGCGUUACAAUUACAAGUAACGCAAAAUUAGUAAAAAAAUGCUUUUUGAAGUCUGUAAUUUACUCUUACUCGAGUGAAUACUUGAUCUAGAAUUCUCUUCUCUCUACUCAAUCACAUUUUCAUUUGUGCCUUCAUUAAAAUUAAUAUCUUGAUAAACACAUUAUCCUCGUCGACUGUAAUACAAGCGUACACGUAGCGAAGCGACGCGCCCUCCCUCGGUUGCAAUAUUGUUGCAUUCCAUAGCUGAGGAGAUUAGUAGGCUGAAUCGCAAUCGCGUCAAGACAAAUCUGAUAGGCCAAUAAGCUAACCAAGCCAUCCUGUGUAGUGUUCCUACAAAGCACUUGCCUUUUUUCAUGCGUCAAUUUGAUUGACAUAAAAUUCAUUUUGUUGUAUGGAUG